CAAGAAGCGCACAUUGGAAAGUAUACAAAGUAAUAGAUAAAUAGAGCAAAAAAAUGUCAAAUUCAUCAAGAUCUAGCUCGCUCUCUGAGUCUUCGAUCGAGACAAACGCAUCGAUUUCUUCAUCGGAAUUUGUGACGGCAAAUUCGAACGAAUCUAAUUCGGAAAUUUUGCCAUUUGUCGAUAAUAUUGAACCGCUUGCUUCGCCCGAUGAAAUUGCUGAGUACGAAGCUACAGUCGCAGAAGAACGGCGGGUUGAAGACAUGCUGCAAGAUCGUUUUGAUGCCCGUGUUGAUGUUACUUCAUGGUGUGAAUGUGGCCAUUGUUCGUUGGAUCUUGUUGUCAACCCUCAAGAGUGCCGAUGCUGCAUGGAAAUAGAGCAAUGCCGUGGUAAAAUGUAUCAGUUCGAAAUCGAUGAAAGGAAAUGCAGUUUGGAUCACCCUGGCUUUAACGAAGUUUGCCUGAACGAAUUUGCUCUUCAAGCAGCUUCGUUAGGUUUAAAGACCAAAGGUCAUCGCAUGAUACAGACACUUCAUUUUGUAUUUCCUUUAAAAUCUUAGUAUAAAUGUAUAUUAUAUAUUGAAAGUUUGCCUGGAUGUAUUAAUGGUUCUCUCAAAUUUUGAGAAUUUAUCAUCUGCAAUAUCUGUAAGUAUAUAAUAAUUGCAACUUGUGCUAACCUGACACCGCUCUCUUGA